CAUCUUUACUGUUCCCCCUUUAACUUCUGCUGGGAUCUUUUCCUUUGGCUCUUCGCUGUACGAUGAGUCGACCAAAUGUGAAAAGGGCUCUUCUUUCAAUGUGGUUUAGUGGGUCAACUCUACCUGUCGGUUUGCAACAGAAGAAAUGACUCCAGAACAUGAGGAAAUGAAUCUUCUGGUCAACUUAGGCUUGUUUGCUGCAGGCGUCAGGGUUGCAAGAAAUCUCUCAGAUUUUGACUUGAUGUCUCCUCAGCCAGUGACCUAAUGUGUCACAGUUAAGCCAGGAUGAUGGCAUCUUAAACCAACAAAGAAGAAACAAACAACUCCAAUAAAUACAGAAAUAUUUCUUGUGCUACUUUGGAAACAAAUCAUCUCACCUCUGAUUAUCUUAAAACAAAUAAUUACAUUUAAAUAGCAUCUUUGUGAGUGUGAUCUUUUAGUCAGACUGACUGCUAGAUGUUCACCCAUUAAGGACUUUAAAUUUGUGAUUUUAUGCAGCCAUGUCAGUUCAGGACCUUUAUGUAGACGUAGCCCACAAAUAUCUGUCUGCUGGUAGAAAAUCUCUGUCUGUUCCUCAGAGUCUGGACCUCGCUGCGCAUGUCUCGGCUGUGGAGGCGGGGUUGAAACCUGCUCUUCUUUAUGACAGUAAUGGCGCCUGUGCAACACAGGUCCAGCAGUAUCUGAGCUCCUUGCAAUCCCUCCAGCUUGUGUCUGAAUCCCUUUUCACUCUGGAUUUAAAUGGAAACAGUCUCAUCGUCAACACAGGAGCGGUCAGAUUAAAUCUAGAGCGGGUGCUCCGUGAUGACAGCUUGGCUGUUAUUGAUGUUUGCCACUCGCUGGACCAACCUGCUGUUUUUAACUCACAGAGAGGAGAACUGAAGAGUGUGAUGGAGGAUUUGCUCCUGCUUCUGGAACAUGAAGAGGCUGAGAAACCUCUUUAUGUUGAGAAAUCUGAGGAGUGGAACCUGUGCGCAGUGUUUGGAGUCUUACUGGGUUUCCCCGUCACUUACUGGUUCGAUCAGACCGAGAGCUUUGAAAACUGUCUGUCCAUGACUCCUCUGAUGGUUAUAACGGCUUCAGCGUCAUGGCAGGCAGAUGGCCCCCAUCACAGAUGUUGCCUGUAUUCCUUCACCCUCCCAGCUGCUCUGCAGGAAGAGACACAGUCCAAGCUGGAGGACUGGGAGCUUCGUCUGCAAGAAAGAUUUAAACAGCAGCGCAUCUUGAAGGAUCUGAGGAUUAGUCAAGCCACGGUCUCUCUGCCAUCAGUCUGUUUGUGAUGCUGGUAAAAGUCUGUUUUAAUAUAAAAUCGGUAUUCUUUUAAUCUAAAGCUAGGUGCAAUAACAUUGAAUUGGGUCAUUUUCUUCAUUUUGUACCAUUUAAGUGUGGGGAAAAAAACCUAUUUUCAUUAAUUGUCUGAUGGGAAAUUUCACAUGCCACAUUCUUUUGACAAGUACACAUAAAUAAUGUGAGCUUAAACGGUCAUUAAAAGAACACAAUCCAGUAA